AUGCUGCGUCAUGUUUCUCACAGUAGAGGUGUGUUACGUGCGGCAAUGAUGGCGACAGAGAUAUCUCGACAAUCGACAUUUCUCUUACCAUUAGUACGUUAUCAGAGCUCCGAUGCCUCAGUAAAACAAUCAAGACAUUUAUCAAAGGAAAAGAGUAGAAUUCAUGCGAUAAGCACAAAUACAGCAGAUGCCUCUGCGUAUGUUGGUGGUGAUGAUUUUCCUGAUUAUUCUACUUUACGUCAUACAGGAUAUAUGUUAAUGCACAGUCGUCGUUUGUGGGUACCGGCAAUGAUGGCUGCUCUAUAUCAAGCUGCCGCACCGCUUAUCUUGACUUCUUGGGUUACCAAGGGUUGUUACCUGAGUCUCUGUGUAAUGCUUCAACGCCUUAAUGUUCGUGGUCGAAUGAAUCAUUUACGAAAAGACCUCACUGGUUAUACCUGCGUGGUUACUGGUGGUACGAGUGGUAUUGGACUCUACACAGCCAUGCAGUUACUUGAUAUGGGGGCUCAUGUUGUAAUUGCCGCACGUCCAGGAAGAGAGGAAGCAACACGAGCAUACAUAAAGGCCCAUUGUCAAUGUGCAAAAGGGACAGAUGCUAAUGUGUUAGACAAACGUUUGACUUUUCUCCCAUUAGACUUAUCGGAUCAAUUAGAUGUUAUGGCCUCUGCGGCACGCAUUAAAGGAAUUUUUAAUGAUCGAAUUGAUCUUUUGGUUAACUGUGCUGGUAUCUGGCGUGAUGAACCAACAGUUACCAAACAAGGUUUUGAAGAACAUAUUGGUGUAAACUUUCUCGGUCCAUUUCAUUUCACAGAGGCGUUGUUGCCAUCCUUACGGCGAUCUAAACAUGGUGGUCGCAUUGUAUACGUCACCUGUGCCUCCCACAACGGUGUACAUAAGGCAAAUAUUGUGCAGGAACGUAUGUUGUUAAAACCAUCACCAGAGGAAUCACAAGUAACAGCACGGUGCUACAGUGCCUCUAAACUAGGCAAUAUCUAUCAUGCCCAAUCUAUCGCUGAACGACGUUACGAGGGAAUUCCACUCAAUCAACCAUCCGAAUUACGACCGGUAGAUGUGUGUGUGGCGGAUCCUGGUUUCUGCGCAACAAACCUCACCUACCGUGAAUCCCCACCCAUUCUUGGAAUGAGUAUUAUCGCACGCACACUCCGUUCACUGUGGAUAAAGGAUGGGUAUGAAGGAAGUCAGACGGUGGUGAAUUGCUGUGUACGUGAUGAUAUCGAAAAUGGUGGUUACUAUGCGGAAUGUUUACUAAUGCCUAGUGGAUUAAGUCGUCGUGCACAUGAUCCAAAAAGUCGUAGUGAAGUUAUACAAUGGGCAAUGUCAAAGACCAUCGCAAAAUAUUACACAUUUAAGCCACUAGGUGCUGAUAGACGUGUGAGUGGUGCUGCUUCCUCUUCUUCUGCUGCUGCUGCUGCAGCGCCUUCUUCCUCUUCCUCUGAGAAGGUGGAGGAGAAUACUCAAAGCAAGAUGAAACAAUGA